ACCAACCCAUACUUCAGUGCACUGGGAAUGACCCUCUGAAUAAUUGGAUCUCAGGCUUAUGAAACUUGUUUGACGUUAUUUUAACGCCGGAGAAACCGCUAAAACACCACACCAUGUUUGUACCAGCUCCGGUUAUAUUUGUUGCGUUGUUUGUUGAUGUAACUGUUGCUUUUCCCUCGGAGCAUUUCCGCGCAGUUUGGAACACACCUACUCGGCACUGCAAUGAGUACGGAAUUCCGUUCAACUUUAACAAAUAUGAAAUAAUUGUGAAUAGUAACCAGGCCUGGAUAGGAGAUAAGAUUGCAUUAUUUGAUCACGAUAAGAUGGGUUUGUACCCGUUUUUCACCGACAAUAAGACAGCAGUAAAUGGAGGAAUACCCCAGCUUGCUGAUUUUAACGCACAUUUUGAACAAGUAGCUGAGGACAUUAUGGAAUUUAUACCAGAUACAGAGUUUAAUGGACUAGCAGUUAUUGAUUGGGAGCCAUGGCGACCAACUUGGGAGAGGAACUGGGAUUCUAAAAAAAUUUAUCAGGAUCAAUCUAUACUACUUGUUAAAAAAAGGCACGGGAACUGGUCUGAAGAAUUUAUAAAAUCUGUUGCAAAAUUUGAGUUUGAAAAUGCUGCAAAAUCAUUGAUGGAAGGUACUUUAAAGCUUGUAAAAGAACUACGCCCUAAUGCAUUAUGGGGAUUUUAUGGCUUUCCACGAUGCUAUAAUUUGGAUGAAGAGAAAUGCUCAAAUGAAGUAAAAGAACAAAAUGACAAGCUCCAGUGGUUGUUUGAUAGUAGUACAGCAGUUUAUCCAUCUAUUUAUGUGAGCGCUGGUGAUCAAUUCUGCAAUAUCAGUUUAUUAAAGUUUAUUUCUGCCAGACUGGAUGAAGCUAUAAGAGUGGUGAUGCAGUCUUCAAAUCCGUAUAUACCUAUAUACUCGUAUUGUAGAUAUAAUUAUUCAAACACUCAAUAUUACCUCAAUAAUGUUCAUUUGCAAUACACUAUUGGACAAUCCAUGAAAAAGGGAUUAUCAGGCGUGAUUUUAUGGGGUGAUAACGAAGAUACUAAUAACCCAGAAGCAUGCCAUAGUUUACAAAAAUAUCUCACCUUGUUACUUGGACCAUAUGUAUUAAACACUACCAAUCUUGGUAUACAAUGUAGCAAAUCACAUUGCAAUUAUCAUGGCAGAUGUAUGGAACAAGAUAAUGCAAGUUCCCAUGAUAAAAUAUCAAAAUAUUGUCACUUUUCAAAAAUGGAAAAACAAGUGCUCACGUUUUCAAGAAGUGACACAACUAAAUGUUGGUGCUAUCAGGGUUGGCAUGGCAACCACUGUGACCAGAAGUAG